AUUGAUCAAACAUUAAAUGAAUGUGACAUUGUAUUAAUUGGAAGCACAUUAUUUUUAUUCUAUAAAGAAUUUGAAGCGUCGGGUGGAGUUGAACGGUCGAAAUGCCCUGGCUCCAUUUUAUAUUUCAAGCGUUGGGAUUAAUUCUCUUCAUCACUCAACAAGUAACACUAGCUAAAUGAGAAGUUCUUUUUAUGACGUAAAGAAGACGAAGCCAGUGAUCAAAAUGGAGGGUAGCAAUGGAAGAAAAUCAGAUCCCGCAAAAACGGAGGUGAAUUGCGAAGAAGAGAAGAAGAAUGGGAAGAAAGUGGAGAAGGGCAAUGUGUGCGAGCUCGAAGAACCGUGGCUGGUGCUCGCAAUGCCGUCUAAGCUGAAACGCAUGGCUUCCAGAUACGGCAUUUGUCACGACGACGAAGAAGACCACGUUGCGUUCGAUAUGGAAGAUUGGGAGUUCAUUGAUACGGAGUAUAUAACAGCGAGGAAUAGCUAGCCAUUGAAAAAAUGUCACUCUCUCUCUCUCUCGCUGUCUCGUUUUUCGUUCUCACAUUAAUUAUUUAAUUGAGUUUUAAACAUCUAUUGCGCUAAUCUGUUCAAGCAUGAUAUGUUAUGAAAUUGCGAGUUUAUUGAGGGUCACUCGAGAGAAUAUCAGAGUUAUUUCAUUAUUAGAGAAUUACUAAUGGAAAAGAAAGGGAGAACAAGAUG